CCAAGUUGAAGGGUUAAAUCAGAGUGGCAUGACCGACCAAGACAAGUUCGACAAGGCCAAGGUUAUGUACCAAGCGCUAGAGAAAUGCUCUUUCCAAUUUGAGCAUUGCUGGCACCUGUUGAAGGACCAACCUAAGUGGAUUUGGCGCACCACAAAGGAGGAUCCAAAACGAAGGAAGACGAUGUCCCCAUCCCCGACCCCAACUCGAUGUUCUGGCGCUACAAUUGAUUCAGCUUUUGAUAUGGAGGCGGAUGAAGUCAUGGAAAAUGAAGUUAUCGAGUUGGACCGACCAAUUGGGAGGAAAGCUGAGAAAGGAAAACGAAAGGCCCAAAGCAAGCAAGCAGAGGAAAAUUUCCAACUCAGGAAGAUGAAGUAUACUCUUUUGGAGGAGUCACGCGCUCAGGAGAAAGAGUUUUAUCGAAUGAAGGCCGAGAAGAUUGAGUAUGACAAGGAAAAAGAGGAAAAAAAAUUACGCCUUGAGGAUGAACGACUGAGGUUGGAGGCCGAGAAGAUGGUAAUUGAGAGGGAAAAGGAGCUCGCCAAAAUUCGUCAAGAGGACGAAAGGUUAAGGUUGGAGGCGCAGAAAGUGGAGCUAGCCACGAAAGAAAGUGAUCAGCGCAUUAUGAUGAUGGACGUGAGUGGCAUGCCUGAACUGCAGCGGUUAUACUUCCAGCAACUCCAGAGGGAAAUCAUGGCGAGACGCAGUACUUCUCAAGAUUGAACUUCUUGUUUUUUAAUAUUACCAAAUUCAGUUGGCCAUCUUAUUUUUUGUUCUGAACAAUG